CAAAGCCUAUUGGACUCGUGGACCCCUCACGUCGCCUAUCGAUGGGUAUUCACAUUUGUAGUCUUCAUUGCAUUCAUGGGUCGAGUGUUUAUAUAUCAAGGAUGGUAUAUAAUAACGUAUGCGUUGGGAAUAUAUUACUUAAAUAUGUUGAUCGCGUUCUUAACGCCGAAAAUAGAUCCCGCCGUUUAUGACGACUUCGAAGGUGAAGGUGACCACACUUUCACCACUAUUAUCAUGAGGGGCCGUCUCUGCCUACCAGUGCUAAUGAAGAGUUUAGACCAUUUAUUAGACGUUUGCCAGAAUUCAAAUUUUGGCAUACCUCAACAAAAGCUACAUUAAUAGCACUGUUUUGUACAAUGUUUGAAGCGUUCAAUAUUCCCGUCUUUUGGCCCAUCCUUUUGCUUUACUUCAUCACAUUAUUCGGCAUUACUAUGAAGAGACAGAUCAAACACAUGAUUAAGUAUCGAUACCUUCCGUGGACUCAUGGAAAGACCAAAUACCAGGGAAAGGAAGACUCGGGAAAAGUCUAU